CUGAUUCUAUACAACAUUUCUGUGUGAAUCUGUCUAGUAUGGUGUAAUUUAUUUCAUUGGCCACUGCACUGAGUGCAAUAUGUUUCUUACCACAAGGACCUAUAUUGAGUCUAUGGGGAUUAAAAAAAAAGCCCUGCAUGAAACCUUAUGGUAACUUACUGACCCACUGUAAUUUUGGCUGUACCAGGAAGUGUUUUCUUUUACUCAAAUGCCAGUAUAACUUUGUGGGACACUCAAACAAAUUUUCAGAUAUGCGAUGCUGUGCUGAUCUGAACAUUAUGAAUGUGGAUGCACGGUGGCCAGGAUCAGUGACUGAUAAUUUAAUCUGGGAAGCCUCAACGGCCAGAAAUAUUGUGGAACAAGCAUAUUGGGAGGAUAGGUGCUGGUUGCUAGGCGAUAAUGGGUACUACACAGCUCUCUGGCUCCACGUACCUAUUCUCCAUGCAGAACCAGGAACGCCUCAGUUCAGAUACACACAAUUGCACUGCCGCAGCAGAAAUGUUGUGGAAAGGUGCAUAGGAAUUUUAAAAGCGCGAUGGAGAUUGUUAUCCUGUGAUCGCUGCAUAAACUACCGAAAUGCCACAUAUGCUGGUAUGAUGGUUAAUGCCUGCUGUGUCCUUCACAACUAUUGCAAUCAAAGAAGGGUUCCUAUGCCUGAUCCGCUGAUUGAAGAUGAUGUGUAUGUGCCCCCCGAACUAGAAGAUCUUCCAAUAGAUGUGGAUGUUUAUUAGAGAGGUCAGGAAGAGUUGCAGUACCUUAUCAACCAUGCUAAUCAAGUGCAUCCGGCCAAUGGCGAUCUUGCUUAGUUUCAGUGAUGCUUUCAAUUUUGUCAGUUGACUUGCUUCAUUUCUAAUGUUACCACCUCCAACUUUUCACUUUGAUUUACUCCUAUUUCUUCUACCGGAAUACUUUUUUUCAUAUUUCAUUGUGCCGUUACUAUUUUCUUAACUAUUUUUGUGUACUGUUCAGUAAUUUCAAAGUAUUAAUGCAUUUGAAGAGUAGUCUGCACUGACCAAACACCCUUAGAAUACUGAAACCAAUCAUUGUUCACAAUUAUUUUUGUAGAUGUUUAUGUAUUCAAUCUCUCCUAACUCUGUUGAAACUCUCUCAAACUGACACGUUUGUAUGAUUUACUAUCUAAUAGGACAAGGUUGUAAUGGAAGUAAAUAAUGUGUAUUAUGUAGUGAGUUGUUAAAAUUUAAUUCAUCUUGAAUUCUCAACAGCUCAAAAUUUCAGUCACUAGUGAUUCAAGUAAGAGUAGGAUGGCUGUUACAUGCAGGAUAAUAUAUUCAUGUAAGAUCUGAAACUUCAAAGUCUUUAAAUAGUAGCUUGCACAGUUAUGCCAGUGCUUUCAGUAGAGGAUUGUCCCUGAUAUGGGGGGCUUAUAUUCCAUUGAUUUUCACAACUUUUCUUUUAUAGCUUUAAGCUCUAAUAUAAGAGGCACUAUAUGGCAUGCUCAGUAAAUAAAUCAAUUGAUUACAGUAAACUAUAUAGAGAGAAAAACAAAUGUUAUGAAAGUAUUAUAUAUCACAAUAUAUUGGUAAAAUAAUGCAAGGACAGCAAUAGGUUUUUUUCAUGGAGCUUUGGUUAUCCAUUCUAACGACGUCUUCUCAACUGGUCCUUAUUAAGUUCUAUCACAUAUGCGGGUAGCUUGUAAGUUAGGUUCUGUUACUUCAUUUGAGAUUAUGUAACAGAACUGAAAUCGGAUUGUAAAUAGUGUAGAUUACUUUGAGUUCUGAACCGACAGGAAUGUAAUGGGAUUAAAUAUAAAUCACAAGAAUUUAAUGGUCUCCUUUUAUUUCACUGAGACGAAGUAAACAGAAAAUUGUGACACACAAAGUUCAGUAACUUACAUCAAAUAACAAAACAAAGUCACACUUGCUUAACAGGUAUUGUUCAAUGAUGCUCACAUUGAAAGAUGAACUCAAGAACUACAUGCAAGUAAAAUGCAUACAAUACUGUUCAAAGAAACUAAAACAAUGAUUGAGUUGGAGAUCAGUCUUCAACACUUAAUUAUGUUGAAACAUUUAAGACAACACGAGUAAAACUAAAAUCCAAGAUGACAAAAUAACUAGGUAGAUGUACGCCAGACCACGUCUCGCGU